UUCCACCUUAAUGGCUCAUCGCCCAUCGAUGCACGCAAUCAAGACCUCGCGACUGUGGACUUCCGCGUCUUUGCGCAGUCGACCGAUAAGGAGUUACUGAGCAUGACCAAUCCAGACGGGUUCUUCCGGCGGUCAAUGGUGACUUUCCUUGAAGGUGUUCCGGGCGCAUCUUUGGGGAAUGACAUGAGACAAGCUGAGGGCAAGCCCUAUUAUCGCUAUUGGCCGGCGCUGUUGCCACAGACAGAAAUGCGGCAGCGGGUUCACCUGCUCUACGGCAAUCAGCAGAUAACAGAAAUUCCAGCACCUAGGAUCACGCAGAGAUACCCCCGCCAGCAAUCAAGCUAUGAGACGGCCAAUCCAGUAGAUUUAUCGACUUUUGGGCCGACGGUCCGGGCACCACUGGGGUAUAUCGUCCUCGGCCGCGGCGGCGAUAAGGCAUCCGACUGCAACAACGGGUUCUUUGUGCGCCACGACGAUGAAUGGGACUGGCUACGCAGCUUCCUGACUAUACCAAAAAUCAUCGAGCUACUGGGCCCGGAGGAGUACAAGGGCAAGCCAAUUGACCGGUUCGAGAUUCAGCAUUUGCGAACUGUACAUUUCCUCCUGAAGGACCACAUGCAAGGGGAGUAUAAUGCCUGCUCAAGUUACGACACACUAGGGAAGAACUGCAUGGAGUACCUGCGUGCAAGAACAGUGGAUUUGCCCAAACGUUUUCUGGAUCGAGGGAGGGUCUAA